CAGAGAGGUAGAGACGACCCCACCUGUGCCCAGUACAUAGAGGGACUCUAGACCCCCGGAUUGCCUUGUCCUCCGACCACCUUCUACUGAGCCCUUCCCCGUGGGCAGGAAGCCCAGAUGCGGUGGGGAGUGUACUGCUGCCGGCUGCAAGGUGCGGGGAAGCGCAGGGAGCACUUGGUAUGACCCACGCCGCGCCCCGCGCCGACGGAAGUGAGGUGUCGCACCCCCCGAAGUUCCGGUUCGCAGGGGGUGGGGAGUGUUGUUAACCGGAGCGGCCGCCGCAGUCGCGGGGAUUGAGCGGGCUUGCGGCUGCGCUCCUGGUCUCUGGGCCAGGGCAAUGUUCCGCAUAGCAGUGAUGAUGGCGGCCAGCAUGGCGCUAACCGGGGCCGUGGUGGCUCACGCCUAUUACCUCAAGCACCAGUUCUACCCCACUGUGGUGUACUUGACCAAGUCCAGCCCUAGCAUGGCAGUCUUAUACAUCCAGGCCUUUGUCCUUGUCUUCCUCUUGGGCAAAGUGAUGGGCAAGGUGUUCUUUGGGCAGCUGAGGGCAGCAGAGAUGGAGCACCUCCUGGAGCGUUCCUGGUAUGCUGUCACUGAGACUUGUCUGGCCUUCACUGUUUUUCGAGACGACUUCAGCCCCCGCUUUGUUGCGCUCUUCACUCUGCUUCUCUUCCUCAAGUGUUUCCACUGGCUGGCUGAGGACCGUGUGGAUUUUAUGGAACGCAGCCCCAACAUCUCCUGGCUCUUUCACUGCCGCAUUGUCUCCCUCAUGUUCCUCCUGGGCAUCCUGGACUUCCUCUUCGUCAGCCAUGCCUAUCACAGCAUCCUGACCCGUGGGGCCUCUGUGCAGCUGGUGUUUGGCUUUGAGUAUGCCAUCCUGAUGACCAUGGUCCUCACCAUCUUCAUCAAAUAUGUGCUGCACUCCGUGGACCUCCAGAGUGAGAACCCCUGGGACAACAAGGCUGUGUACAUGCUCUACACGGAGCUGUUCACAGGCUUCAUCAAGGUUUUGCUGUACAUGGCCUUCAUGACCAUCAUGAUCAAGGUGCACACUUUCCCUCUCUUUGCCAUCCGACCCAUGUACCUGGCUAUGAGGCAGUUCAAGAAAGCUGUGACAGAUGCCAUCAUGUCUCGCCGAGCCAUCCGCAACAUGAACACACUGUAUCCAGAUGCCACCCCAGAGGAACUGCAGGCGAUGGACAACGUAUGCAUCAUCUGCAGGGAAGAGAUGGUGACUGGUGCCAAGAAACUUCCAUGCAACCACAUUUUCCACACCAGCUGCCUGCGCUCCUGGUUCCAGCGGCAGCAGACCUGCCCUACCUGCCGGAUGGAUGUUCUCCGGGCAUCGCUGCCAGCCCAGUCACCUCCACCCCCUGAGCCCGCAGACCAGGGCCCACCACCUGCUCCCCAUCCUCCACCACUCCUGCCCCAGCCCCCCAACUUCCCCCAGGGCCUCCUGCCUCCCUUUCCUCCAGGCAUGUUCCCGCUGUGGCCCCCCAUGGGCCCAUUCCCACCUGUCCCACCUCCCCCCAGCUCAGGAGAGGCUGGGGCCCCUCCGUCCACCAGUGCAGCUCUUUCACGGCCCAGUGGAGCGGCCACGACCACAGCUGCUGGCACCACUGCUACUGCUGCCUCUGCCCUGGCACCUGGCUCUGUCCCUACCCCAGAGGCCGGCCCCAGCCCGGGCUUCCCCUUCCCUCCGCCAUGGAUGGGCAUGCCCCUGCCUCCACCCUUUGGCUUCCCCCCAAUGCCUGUGCCCCCUGCGGGCUUUGCUGGGCUGACCCCAGAGGAACUGCGAGCUCUGGAGGGCCACGAGCGGCAACACCUGGAGGCACGGCUGCAGAGCCUGCGCAACAUCCACACACUGCUGGAUGCCGCCAUGUUGCAGAUCAACCAGUACCUCACCGUGCUUGCCUCCUUGGGGCCCUCCCGGCCCACCACUUCUGGCAACCCUACCGAGGAUGCUGCCCCUACAGUUGUUGCUGCUACUUCCUCCACUAGCAUUCCCAGCUCCGAGGCCACCACCCCAUCCCCAGGAGCCUCCCCACCAGCCCCUGAACCUGAAAACCCUCCAGCUCCUGAGCCAGUGAGCACUGAGGAGCUUCCCGAAGACGGGGAACCGGAUGCAGCAGAGCUUCGACGACGUCGCCUGCAGAAAUUGGAGUCCCCAAUUGCCCACUGACACUGCCCCAGUCCCAGCCCCUGCCCCACUCGAGCAGCCCUCGCUGGAAUAAGUCCUGCCACCAAGUGCCAGCUCCCUCUGUCUGCACCAGGGAGUAGUAACCUCUAGGAGGCAGCAUUUCCUAGGCCAAGGGAAAAAGACCCGAGUCUCCAUGAUUCCAGGCCUUAUAGUCUCAGUCCACUGGGGGGGGUCGUAGGUCAGUUCUGGCCUUCCUCCAACUCUUCAGCCCUGCAUUCUGGGGCCUGGCUAGGCCAGUGAAGGCAGAAAGCCUUGGCCUCGAGAUGGCCCCUUUCUCUGCCACCCUGGAGAAGGGGUAGCCCCUCCGAGUUCUACUUGUGUGUGCGGAGUUGCUGCAGUGCCCAACAGUAUUAGCUCCUGUUCCUAAGUGUGGACUCCAGGGGGGCUGGAGCCGACCAGGGCCUCGCUCCCUGCACCACCAGCGAAGACUGGUACUGAUUUUCCUUCUUAACCUGAUCUCCCCCGAAGCCCCUUGUGGUGGUGGCUGUGCCCCCUGUGCCCUGUGGCAUUUCCAUGUCUUACCGGCAACCACGCAACUCAGGGAAAGGAGUGCCUGGUGGGGGGGGGGGGGCAGGUGGGCAGCGCUGAGGGACCCCGCCCCACCCCUUCCCCGGGCCCCUCUCCCCCUGCAGCUUCUCUUCCGUGGGACUGCCCCGCCUCACCCAGCAGCCACUGCCCAGCCUCAUUCCGGGCUGAGGACCAGUGUGUCUGCUCCUUAACCACUGCACACCCCAGAAUCUGAGGAAGGCCACUUCUCAACUCACAGAACUUUUCCUGAGUUUAGAAGAAUUGGAAUUCCUUCCUAGUGUCUUUUGGCUUAAAUUUUGUCUUUUGAAUUUGAAUGCUUGACCCCAGGAAAGAAGAGCAGGAGUGCCAGAUUCCUGGUCUUUCCAGUUUAGAGAAGGCAGCGGGCCAGGUAGGGACCACAGGAGCCAAGCCCUGCCUGCCCUGCCUUUUUUCCCCUUGGUUUUGCGUUACAAGAGUGGCUGGAGACAGUUUCAGAUGAUUAUUUAAUUUGUAAAUAUUGUACAAAUUUUAAUAGCUUAAAUUGUAUAUACAGCCAAAUAAAAACUUGCAUUAACAA